GGGGGCGAGCAGGUACCAGCGGAGCACGGGCCUCGGGCACCGGCCCUCGCUCCCUCCCGCGCAGGGCGGGACCCGUGCGUCCCGACCCACUCCUGCGCCUGCUCAAGAGCUAUUUGGCAGUGGGGGCGGGGCUCGGCUUCCGAGGGUGGGCGGAAGUUGCCGAAAGGCUUCGGGGGCUUUACGCUCCGUUGGCCUCGCAAGGAGGCGGAAGUAACCGAUUGGCACCGGAAGUUGUCCGGGGCCGCCUGCGCGUGUUCUCUAGUACGCGGAGCGCCAGUUGCCAUGGAGCCGGCCGGGCCUUGCGGUUUCUGCCCGGCCGGGGACGCCCAGCCCGCGCGCUACACCUGCCCUCGCUGUAACGUGCCCUACUGCUCGCUGCGCUGCUACCGGGCGCACGGCACCUGCGCCGAAGACUUCUACCGGGACCAGGUGCUGGGAGAGCUCCGCGGCCGCAGCGCCUCACCCAGCCGCCUGGCAGGCGCCCUACGGCGGCUGCGGCAGCAACGCGAGACCGAGGAUGACCCCGAGGACGCGGGCCUCAAGUCUGGCCCGGCUCCAGGUGGCCUCACCAGGCUCUGGGAGCUGCUGGCGCCGGCCGAGAAGGCGGCCUUCGAGCGGCUGCUGAGCCGUGGCGAGGCCGGGCGGCUGCUGCCCCCGUGGCGGCCGUGGUGGUGGGGCCGCGGGGCCGGGCCGCGGCUUCUGGAAGAGGUGGAUGAUGCCGCGGGCCGUGACCCUGCGGAGCUGGAGCCCACGCCCGCGAGGAGCCCACCGGAACCCGCGAAGGAGGCCGCCGCCGAGCCGUUUCUCGAAGACGCUCCCGAGGCCCGCUCGCCCACUGUGCCCUCCCGGAUCCCCACGCUGGCCAGCCUGAGCCGCAGCCCGCCCUCGCCGCUCGUGCGCUUCCAGCUGCCCAACGUGCUGUUUGCUUACGCGCACACUCUUGCCUUGUAUCAUGGCGGCGACGAUGCACUGGUCUCCGACUUCUGUGCCACGCUGCUCGGCGUGUCGGGAGCACUGGGUGCGCAGCAGGUCUUUGCCUCUGCCGAGGAAGCCCUGCAGGCCGCAGCCCAGGUGCUCGAAGCAGGCGAGCAUCCUCCCGGGCCCCUGGGCACACGGGGCGCCAUGCGCGAAGCUGCCCGCAUCCUGAUGGGCGAAGGCCCAGCAGACCAGAAGGGCUACACGCUGGCAGCACUGGGGCACCUGGCACAGACCCUAGGCCGGGCCCGGAAGCAGGCCGUGGCCACGGAGGAGCGAGAUCGCCUCUACCGGGCGCGGAAGAAGUGCCAGUUCCUAUUGGCUUGGACCAAUGAAAAUGAGACGGCCCUCAUGCCGCUGGCUCUGGACUGUGCCAGGGCCCAUCGAGCCCAUGCUGUGGCGGCAGAGGAGGUGGCAGCCCUCACUGGGGAGUUGGAGCGGCUUUGGGGAGGCCCCCUGCCACCUGCUCCAAGAAUUCUCAUCGAGGAACUCCCGGGCUGAUCUGGGAUCUCCCUGUCUUUAAUAAAACUGUGACUGGUC